UUCAAGAAAAAAGAGAAAUCUUUAUCAUUAAUCUCCAAAAUUAAUAUUUUAUUUAAACUACUUCUUGAUAUUAUACAACUUAUUUUAUAUAUUAUAAUUUUAAUACUAGCAUUUAUAUUUUUACAAAUAAAUCACCCUUUAAGUAUAGGAAUAAUAUUACUAAUUCAAACUGUAAUAAUUUGUUGUAUUUCAGGAUUAAUAGCAAAAAGAUUCUGAUUUUCUUAUAUUUUAUUUUUAAUUUUUGUUGGUGGUAUACUUGUUUUAUUUAUUUAUGUAACAUCAUUAGCAUCAAAUGAAAUAUUUACUUUAUCUAUAAAAAUAAUUACUUUAUUAUUUAUUAACUUAUUUAUUUUAAUAAUUAUAAUAAUUUUUAUAGAUAAAAUAAUUAUUAUAUUUAAUUCAUUAAAUAAUGAAAUAACUUCAAUUUCUAUAUUAAACAAUUAUAUUAUAGAAAAUACUUUAAAUUUAAAUAAAUUAUAUAAUUAUCCAACAAAUAUAAUUACUAUUUUAUUAAUUAAUUAUUUAUUAAUUACAUUAAUUGCUACUGUAAAAAUUACUAAAUUAUUUUAUGGUCCACUUCGAUCAAUAAAUUAACUAAUGAAUAUACCUUUACGAACUCAUCACCCGAUUUUAAAAAUUGCUAAUAAUGCAUUAGUUGAUUUACCUUCUCCUACUAAUAUUUCUAUAUGAUGAAAUUUUGGAUCUUUAUUAGGUUUAUGUUUAAUUAUUCAAAUUUUAACAGGAUUAUUUUUAGCUAUACAUUAUACAGCUGAUAUUAGUUUAGCUUUUAAUAGUGUUGAUCAUAUUUGUCGAAAUGUAAAUUAUGGAUGACUAUUACGAACAUUACAUGCCAAUGGUGCAUCAUUUUUUUUUAUUUGUAUUUAUUUACAUGUAGGACGAGGUAUAUAUUAUGGAUCUUAUUUAUUUACACCAACUUGACUUUCAGGAACAAUUAUUUUAUUUUUAGUAAUAGCAACUGCUUUUAUAGGAUAUGUUCUUCCAUGAGGACAAAUAUCUUUUUGAGGAGCUACAGUUAUUACUAAUUUAUUAUCUGCUAUCCCUUAUUUAGGAUUAGAUUUAGUACAAUGAAUUUGAGGAGGAUUUGCUGUUGAUAAUGCUACUUUAACACGAUUCUUUACUUUUCAUUUCAUUUUACCAUUUAUUGUAGCAGCUACUGUAAUAAUUCAUUUAUUAUUUUUACAUCAAACAGGAUCAAAUAAUCCUAUAGGAUUAAAUUCUAAUUUAGAUAAAAUUCCUUUCCACCCUUAUUUUUCAUAUAAGGAUAUUACAGGAUUUAUUGUUAUAGUAAUAUUAUUAACUAUAUUAACACUAAUAAAUCCUUAUAUACUAGGAGAUCCUGAUAAUUUUAUUCCAGCAAAUCCUUUAGUAACUCCAAUUCAUAUUCAACCUGAAUGAUAUUUUUUAUUUGCAUAUGCAAUUUUACGUUCAAUUCCAAAUAAACUUGGAGGAGUAAUUGCUUUAGUAAUAUCAAUUGCUAUUUUAAUAAUUAUACCAUUUUAUAAUUUAAGAAAAUUCCGAGGAAUUGAAUUUUAUCCUAUUAAUCAAAUUUUAUUUUGAAUUAUAGUAACAAUUAUUAUUUUAUUAACAUGAAUUGGAGCUCGACCAGUAGAAGCACCUUAUGUAUUAAUUGGACAAUUAUUAACAGUUUUAUAUUUUAUAUAUUAUUUAAUUAAUCCAUUAAUUUCUAAAUGAUGAGAUAAUUUAUUAAAUUAAUA